UACUAGUUUCACCGUUGCAAAACAUCAACAUAGUAACCCGGGAAAGGCGACCUCGGAAAGACAGGGAUCGAAGUUUCUUUUUUUAAAACAACCCCUACAGCUGUUUUAAAUACGAUGUAUUUUUGUAAAAGUUGAAACAAUGGAUGUAUGUCGCUGGAAAGAGUUGGUGGUUUAGUUGUUGUAGCUUUUGGCUAGUUGACUAGCUAACGUUAGCUGGCUAAUGCUAACGGUACCAAACAGAUCGCUAAAGGAAACCAAACGAGAGAUCUGGAGAUUUUAGGCGUUCGAUAUUGUGAGUACAUCAUUGUCAAUGUGGACAACUAGAUACACUGGAUCGUUCUCCUAAAGGUGAAUGGGAGAGAUGAGGAGCAGCAGAAGGACUGAAGUACCUCUUAAAAAAUCAGCUCAACUGUUUACUGAUCACAAUAUUGGCACAGAGCUGACAACUGCAUGGAAAAGUUUGGCUCAGUCCAAAGCUGCUCUGCGGCAUAUAGAAAACCGCUUGGAGGCCACUCCAGGAACUGGUGCUCUUCUGGAUCCCACCACCAUCUCCCCCAACAAGAAAAAAACAAGAGCGUCUCACAGCAGGGAUGGACAACAAGCUGAUGUGUCUAGAGGGACUUCAAAACCCAGGGGUGAAAAUCAGCAGAGUCAAGCAAAGAGCAGUUCACGCAGCCCACUGAGAAAUGCCACUCAGGACAGCAAUGUACGGAAGAACAGCAGUGUGGAGUUCAGAGAACCUCUGGUCUCAUACAGAGAGGCCACCCCUCCUUUCCAUCCCUUUCCACAGCUGGAGGCCUACAAUCUGCAGGCAGUGCCAGGGUCUUCAUACACAUCUUCUCCGCCUCACUCAGAUCCUCUGCCCAGCCAGCUGAUUUACCAGAGAGACAUCAGGGACAAACAGACUGAUAGGGACCUGGACAGCCCACACUCCUCAGCACUGGAGAGCGCUGAGGUGUGCUACCUCAAUGAUCAGCCGGUCUUAGACAGCCUGAAGACAGAGCAGAACACUUGCAAAGCACAAGUUGUUAUGGAUAAUCGUGAGUCAAAACCAUGCUUAGCCCGAACCACCGGCUCUUCGUGCCAAGGGGAGAGCACUCCUUCCACAAGUCCUGGCUCAGUUUCCCAGCGGUUGGAAAAUCUGAGGCGACAUCAGCCGGAUAACAAACUUGAGAAGCUAAAAGAGCGCAUUCGAAGACAGAGACAGCAUUUGGAGGAGACUGCAGACAGAGAAAAGCUGCAGGGUCAUCUUGAAAAGCCCAUUGUUGCAUUUGCAGAAGGUGACAAUGUUGGUCCAAGCAACAUGCCAGCAACCAAGAUACGCAAAGUAACAGCAGCACCGCCAGCGCCAAUAUACAGAGGUUUCAACAGUACAGAGACAAAGAUCCAGACUCCUGAUGGCAAAGUUUGGAAAGAGGAGGAAUUCCAUAACCUCAGCAGAGAAAUCUACAGAGACGUAUCACGCCAAUUUUCUGAGAGCACCAAAUCCAGGCAUCAACAACAGAGGGAGCAGAGGGCAGAAAGGUCCAAGGAGAGGAGGCCAUCCAAACCAGUCAGGAAGGUCCAUAAAGCUGCCCCAGUAUCUGAACAGAAUUCAAAACCAGUGAUUAGCCCCGCAUCAUGGCGUGAGGGUCAAAAGCUGGUAAAGACGGUACUAGGUCCUGCUCCAAAGCUACCCAGAGAAGAACACAGUUCGUAUCCAGAUGGCAGACAGACCCAAACAGAUUCCCGUCAUCAUUCAGAACCAACCAGACGCUCUCGGCCAAACAGCACAGAGAGGUCUCGCAGUGCCACCCGCCCAACCACCUCUUGCAAUCCCUUGUCUUCAGCUCAGGACAAGACGCCACGGGGAGUGAAGACAGAUGUUUUGUCAGUAGACAUCCAGGGGAUUCUUGAUGACCUUCAGCUGGAUUGCAAACCAGCUGAAAUGGAAGAGCGUGCUCGUAAAAGAUCUCGGGAUGCCAGUGGUAGUAGAAGAGGAAGGGGAGGGUCAGGUUCUCAGACGAGGGCACCAGUCUCUGCUUGGGGAACUUCACUAGUGGCAAAUACCAGCUCCAGAGGUUGCCGGAGUUCCAGUCCCACUGCACACCUGCCUGAUGAUACUGACAGAGCAAGCAAAAGUCACAAGAAGCGGCACUAUGAUGCAGAUACAGUUCGCCAGUACAUUGCACAACAACAAGAGGAGAGAAAGAGGCAACAGGCAGAAGAGAAGAAGGCAUUAAAGGAGGAGGCAGAGAGAAGAAAUCAGAGACUACAGGAGCUGUACAAGAAACAAAAAGAAGUAGCUAAAACGGUGACCCUUUCCACAGAGGCAGUUGUGGCUCCUGUUAAAAAGCGACUGCAGGAGACCUACACCAGACUGCUACUGGAGGAUGCCCGGCUCAGCGAGGCAACGCCGGCCAAACAUUCUGCACCUUUCAUUCAAAUGAGACCCAUGUACCAGCCUUCAGGAGAGUCGGACAAAGAGAACAAACGAAUAGAGGUUCCACAGAGCCCCUCAAGCAGUGACAAGUCUUUAAAUGAGCAGCCACCACUGCCAUUAUCCAGGAAUGAUCUUGAAGUUACCUCUUUGGUUCAGCCCGACCAACUAAAUCCAGCUUUUCAACACACAAAUGUCGCCAUCAGCAGUGAAGUACCUUCCAAUGAACAUCUUCUCUCUCAGCUUCUAAGGCUGGAGGCAGCAAUGGCUACUAGUAAUAUAAAGUACACUGAGCAGCCGGCUAUAGCGCAUCACCACCAGUCCCAGACCAGAAUGUCUCGUAUUGAAGCUCUGAAGGCUAAGGCCACAUCCCUCUCAAACCGUAUCGAAACGGAGGCCCGGAAGUUUGCAGGACAAGGGAUUAACUACGGUGCAACAACUUCAGUGGAUGUUGAUACUAUUUUGCCUCCCAGAAUCUCUAACCUCAAUGUUGGACACUGGACAGAAACCCCUGCUCAUGCUACAGAAAAUGGCGACUUGUCUUUUAGGGUGCAGAAAGCUAGUGCAGGCAAUACUUCAUAUUCUGGCACAGUUCUUGAAGGAGCAGGGAACCUGCCUGACCUAAAUAAAAAGAAGAAAAACAUACACACCAGUUUGACAAAUUCACAUACUGUUCCUGCUGGUGUAAAUGGGGCUUUAAACAGUUACACUCAAGAAAGGAGGGGGAUUGUAGGUGACUUAGACGUGAGAGACAGAACAGAAAAACUAGCACAAAGAAUAAAUAAUAGAAAAGAUGAGAAUCUCAUGUAUUCGUAUGACCCUGAUCUCCAUGAUUCAAGUGCAGGUUCCAUUAGUGAGGGUCCCCUCCUAAGUGAAGGAAGUUUUUCUGAGGAAGAGGCAAGUCCUCCUCUCUCUAGAAACCGUGGGCCUAACUCGGAUUACUUGGAGGCAGUAGAAUACAGCGCAGGUAAAAGAAGUAAUCACAAGCGGCUGUUUGACUUCCAGAGGGAGGCAGCGAGGUGUUCCGCCCUCAGCCCACCUUUUCCACAGCUCAAUGGCAGCAAAGCACCUUGGGAAGAGCUGAACAAAGGAAGCCCUCUGAGUGUAAUCAAUAUUUUCACAAAAAAUGUCCAAGGCCAUGUUAAAGUGAGUGAGAGAACGUCAGAGAGGAACUCUCCUCCUGCCCAUUCUUCACACUCUGGAAACAGCCAAGGAGACGCAGCAGGCUAUGAGGAUGACUUUGUUUCAUCACAUAGCAGCAAAUCCAGCAUCCAGUUAAAGAGAGGCUCCAGUUCACCCAGUCACUCACAGCGCAUCUCCCCUGGGUCAACACCUGGCUCCUCACCGCUUUCCAGGCACUCCACUAGUAAAAGAGCAACCAUUUCAGACCAGAGUGAUGCAACUCUUGUAGAAGAACAGAGGAGUUCACCACUUUCAGAAGCACUUUCCUCUGACCACAGAAGGACUGCCUCAGACAAAAGUAUGAGCCAAGCCCAGGCCAAAAGUACAGAAUCUGGCACUUUAGGUGAACCUUCAGCCCAUUCCCCCCAAAGACCCAAACUGGUUUCAACGUCUUGCUCUCCAGACCUCAGUUCUUCUCUAACAGCAGACUCUCUCAGCGAGCAUGUGAGAAGAAGCUCUAAUAACCCAAAAACAUCCAGCAGAGCACAGUCAAGGUCCACAGGUGAGCUGCAAUAUUCACCUGCUGUCUUGCAGCAGCGCAUGGCAGCAGAACUGCAGUACUUGGAGUCCAUUGAAGAGUCAAUCAAGCAGCUGGGAGACGUAGAGAGGCUGAUGGGUGUGUCCAUGGCACAACAGGAGAGUGCAUCAUUGGCCCAAAUGCUCAAGGCCAAGCAGCACCGCCAUGAACGGGAGCUCCAUGAGCUGAAGAUCAAGACUGAAAGAGAAGCUCUCGAGGCACAACUCCAAUUAGAGGAAAACAAACAGAGAGUUGCCAGGGCCCAUUUAGAGCUGCAGGAAAAUUUGGCAGCAUCACAAAAACAGAAUUUGGAAGGUCUCCAAGAGUCAACUUCUAAGAUGAUGAACCAACAGGCUGAAGCAGCACGAUACACAGCAGAUGCUGCCCGACACAUAAAGGAGAUGACAGACCUGGCACGGUUUCAGAUUACAGGACAUUUAAUAAUCCCGCCUGUUGCCACCGAUCCUGCAAUGUUGGACCAGCAGGAACAACAAUAUAGUUCCUACACAACGCCACAAGAGAACACGGCUGAGUCUAACAGUUUUAAAAGUGAGCUUUCAAACCAAAGGACCCGGUCUGGUGAUCCCCCGUCUUCACAAAAUAGUCCCAGUCAGUCUGACUCACUAUCUUUCAGAAGACCAAACAUCAGUGGGUCUCCGUCUGGAAGCAGCAAAACCAAUCCAUCACAUGCUUCAUCUGACCACAGAGAAAGGCUGAAAAGAGUGGCUACUGAGAAAAAACAGAGAAAUCGGAGAGCCGAGGAGAGUAUGAAAGGGGAAGCAGCCAGCAGCUCCAUUGAGGAGGAUAUUCCAACAGCAGCAAAUGAUUCAAUCUGUAGCGAAAGUAUCCCCUCUGUAGGGGACGAGAAAGGAGACACCACUUCUGUGGCCACUGAGUACUCUUUUAAGUUUGAUGAGUCCAUGACGGAGGACGAGAUAGAGGAGCGCUCUUUUCGUUCUUUGCUGCCAUCUGAAGCUCAUCGCCGGGGAACUAUGGAGAAGAACUCACUCCACCAAAAGGAAGCAGACGAUGGUAGAGCCUGUCUUAAUGACACGUUGGUCCCAGAGACGAGGUCAUGCAGUUCCUUUAGGUCUCAUGAUGCACACAUAGCCUUUUCCGGUGGGCAGGACAGCUUUUCUCAGUUCACGAUGGAAAUGGUGCGUCAAUACAUGAAGGAUGAGGAGGUAAGACUACAGCACCAGAAUUCCCUGCUGCAUCUACGCCAGAAAGCUCUCAAGGAAAAGACAAGGACAGAGUUAGCCUGGCUUGAGCACCAAAAGAAGAAGCUGAGAGACAAGGGUGAGGAUGAUAAAAUGCCACCAAUCAGAAAAAAGCAGAGGGGACUUCUGCUUAAACUUCAACAGGAACAGGCUGAGAUCAGGAGACUCCAGGAGGCCAACAAAGCAGCUAGAAAAGAAAGGCAGUUGUUGCUGAAACAGCAGGAAGAAAUUGAACGGAUGAGAAACUCAACACUCAGACUGAAGGAGCGUCUCAAGUGUGCAGAGGGAGAAGCUCUCCCUGAGACUCCGGUGUCAGAACCUUCAGGCACUGAACUCUCUUCCCUGAGACUUCCUGAUGAAAUCCGCAGUCUCUCUCCUUCGCUCUCCAUCUCUGGAAGUGAGACCAGCAGCAUCAUGCAAAAGCUUAAGAAAAUGCGAUCUCAAAUGGAUGAAAAGUUUCUUACCAAGCGAGAGCAACAGUUGAUGCAAAGGCGUCACCAUGCUGAGGAGCUGCUCCAGUGGAAACAGCAACUUGACCAGGAGGAAGCGGAGGUCCGAAGGAUGGAGAAAGAGGCGCUGGCUGCGUGGGACCAAAGAAGACCUCAGGACAAGGAUCAUAAAACGUCUGCGAGCGAUGAAAAAGAUAUCUCUGAAACUGGGUCACAGGCCUCUCACCACCAAAGCUUAGAGCCCAGAUCUGACAGUGAAAAGGAGCUUGUAAGUGAGGACAACUGUUCCUCAAUUACAACCGAGUCCAGUAUACACACAGAGGGACCAGGUUCUCAGCACCUAGAAGGUCCAUCCUCAGCACAGCCGGCUUCAGCUGCUGAAACCCCUCUGGCCUCAACUCAGAGCAGCCAUGCUACGUACACACAGGACUUUUCCACUGAGGGACAUUUACCUGCUAUAAAGUCCUCUCCACUCAAAGGCAGCCACAGCCCUGCUGCCUCUCCAUCAGACGGCAGCAGUAAGACCAAGAUGCAGCUCCGCUCCUCCUCCCGGACACACAGUCAGGUCUUCACUCAGGUCCUAGAUCCCCCCACAGCUAUGCAGCCUGAAAACAUUUCAGACCGAAGUGACAUCGAGAGUCGUAUCAAGGAACUAAGAGAAGAGCUGAGAAAACGUAAGAUCAUGGCCUACCAGCUGAAAAAAGAGCAGAAGAAGCGUCACCAGGAGCGCCUGAAGGCGCAGGAAGCAAACCUGUUGAAGCAACUUGAGAACUACAACAACUUCAUUGAGAAAACAAAGGCAGAACUGAACAAGGAGCCAGACUCAACAUCUGAUACAACGUCACACAUAAAUGAUUCCAACUACAUUUUGGAGCAGUCAUCUGUUAAACCGUCUCUGCACAGGUCUGACUCCAUCAACAGCUCUGCCUCUGAAGGGAUGCUUAUAGAUGUAUCAAUAGAUCAAAACGCCUUUCCUUCGCCUCAUAGCGGAACUGCUUUCAAAGCUUUGCCCAAAGAUCUUCCUAACGAGGUGCCCAAAACUCCCAGUUUGGUCGAAUACAGCAGACCCAUUGGCGAUCAUCUAUCAGAUUCUAUUUCAAGAUCUCCAUCCAAGCUGGAGUCUGAGGAUGAGAAAGCUUUGUCUGAUCAUAGGUCUGAUAUUGAAGAACAGCUAGAUGUGGAAGUAAACUCCAGGUCUGAAGAUGAACAGUCUCACCUUCUUAGACUUGACUCUGAGAAGAAGUUAACUGCACCUAAACAAAACGAAGAAUCUGAGGCGGAGGAAGCUGCAAUGUCAAAUACUAUAACACCUGGUGCUCCUUAUUCAGCUGUUGUCAACCUGGCAGCUUCACCACAUGCAAGCUGCAGUUCUUCAUCCACUGAUCCCCCUUUGUCCCCUGACUCAGUGGGCUUCUCUUUAAAUAAAGAUCCACUCGUAAAGGAUGUUGAGGCUUCUUCUAGAACCGAUGGAUAUAACGAGGACUUUGAAUCAGCAAAUUCUUCACCCAGGGAGGAACAUAUUUCUAAGCUCGAGUCUCAAAUCUCUCUUUCUCAUACAGAAGUUAAGCAUUCAGGUAAGGAGUCCUCUAGGGCAACCCCCACUUUUGACAACCAAGAUGAAGAAGAAGAAAUACCUGAGGAUAUGAGCCAGCAUUCUGCUGCUAGUGAACAAAACCACUGUUCAGAAAAACUACUGGAACUCCAGCAGAAGGGAGAAGAUUUAAAAUUUGACAAUAAGACUGAGUUUUCCAGCCAAGAACCCGCUUCUCCCACAUUCAUUCUAGAUGAAAUGCCAAGUUUUCAUCUUGGAGACCGGGUUCUUGUUGGAGGUGUUCAGCCCGGCACUUUGAGAUUUAAAGGUCCAACCAGCUUUGCCAAUGGCUUCUGGGCAGGAGUGGAGUUAGACAAAUGUGAAGGGAGCAACAACGGCAUGUAUGAUGGGGUUGUUUACUUUGAGUGCGAGGAGUCCCACGGUAUCUUUGCUCCUCCAGACAAAGUUUCACACCUCCUGGGCAAGUUUGAGCUCUAUGCAGAUAACACAGAAGAUGAGGACUCUUUCUUUGAUGACUUGUCUGAUAAAGGUGAGGCAAAACACAAAACCGUAAAAGACAGUUCUCGAAAACGAGAAGAUCCAGAAAUCAAAAGUGAACAAACAUCUGACAAGGAAACCAAGUCUAGAGAUGAAAAGGUUUUGGAUGAGAGCGACCAUAUCCCAAUUAAGACCAAACCCAACCUCAAUUCACAGCAUCAAAAAGAACCUGAACAUCGAAUUUGCAAUGGCAACAUGAAGGACAUAAUUUUGGACUUGAACGAUGCAUCAAACACAUUCCUCAUCCCAGAUGAAGAUAGACUUGAGGAGAAGAAUGAGGAGACAACAGCCGUCAUUGGGAGAAAGGAUUUUGAUGUUAUGCAGGAUUUGAUUCCUAAAGAUCAGACAACAGAAAUCAAGAAUGAUAAGAGGGAACAGGAGGAAAGAGAUCUGCUGGACACUUUUGCAGAUAAGCUGCUCAACAACUUCAUCAAAGAUUCUUUUAAGAAAUGUGCUGAAAUAAAGAGAGUUAAAGAAGAGAAGAUCAGAAACGCCAACCAGUCAAACGGAUGUUUGAUUGUUGGAAAUGAUGAAGACAAUUGGAUUUCUUCACUGAAGCAAAAAGAUAAUCUACCCUUCUUUCUACCGGCUGAAAAGGAGGAGCUGUCUUCUCCUGAACUGUGCAACAAAUCAGAGAGUCCAGUGUUUGGACCCAGUGGUCAAGAGGAACUUGCUAAGCGUCUAGCUGAGCUGGAGCUGAGCCGUGAGUUGCUGGACGAUCUCGGUGAUGAUCAGGACUGGUUCGAUGAGGACUUUGGUCUCAGCUCACGCAGACAGCAGCAGAAGCUCAAACAGAAAGAAGAGCUGGAAGGUGAACUUGGCAGGUCUGCGUCAUCAUCAGGGCCACACAUGGGGGGGGUGGUUUCAUCAUUAGGUGGGGAAUCGCAGGUUAAGACUCCACCAAGACCUGAGCUACCCCUCCCCUUGCCUCCCAAACUCCCUGAGCAGCCUGCUAUGGUUGUGCCGCACUCAGCCACAGAGGUGGAGAAAAUGGUCCAUUCUGCCACACAGGAAAUCUGGGAAACCUUUGACCUGGGAAAGGAGGGGUCUCUUAUCCUUGAACAACAUCCAAAGCCUACACCUUCCCUGGAGUAUUUAGGCAAAGAGUCCAGCAGCCAGGACCAGGAAGCCCUCUCCAUCAGCAGUUACAAAAAGUCUGUGUAUGACCUGACAUGGGAGAUACUUAAAGAAAUCUUUGCUGAAGACCCAAAUACUGAUCAGCCUCAGUGGGUCAAACCACGUCAAGUUAAGUCCUCCUUCAUUCACAAAGUCAAGACAUCUGGAGACAUCAACAAAAUUCAGGAAUUUAUCACAGAAGAAGUACUGAACCUUUACGGUCUGACACAAGAUCUGAGUCAAAAGACCGACUGGCAGAAGAUGCUAAAAUUUGGCAGGAAGAAGCGGGACAGAGUCGAUCACAUACUGGUCCAGGAACUCCACGAGGAGGAGGCCCAGUGGGUUAACUAUGACGAGGACGAGCUGUUUGUCAAGAUUCAGCUAGCAGACAGCAUCUUCGAGGCUUUGCUGACGGACACUGCAAACACAUUCACACUAAUUUCUGACAAGAGAGCUAGAAGAGGAGCUAUCUCCUGACUGCCUGGAUUAUAAAGUCCAAGUUCUUGCUCUGUCCUAGUCUCUCCUCGCCACUGUGAAAUUCAAACAACCUAACGCAACGCUAAGACGUCACCAGAUCCUUUUCCAGUUGGAACUUUCUAAAGCCUUCAGUUCCACUGUUUUCUUACAGCUAAGCAGACUGCUUCUGUAGCUUUUAUUUGCUGAAUUUCCUUCGUCAUUUCGGUUUAAUUUGUUUGACACACACAGAAUGCCUCUUCAGCAGUGCAGCCUUCCCAAACCACAGCACCACCUAGUCUCAGUUCUCACCUCACAGAUGAAACUGGUCGUUCUAUUCCUCCCAGUCUGAGACUUAAUGGGAUGGACUGUGCCAUGAGAAAGCCCAUGAAUGCUGCUAAACUGGUCUCUUCAUCGUGGACUUAAAUGUACCCUCCACAUGGAAGAACAGCGGUAAUGAUUACAUUUAUGUGGAGUAUAAAAAAAAAUAUUAAUAGCUCAAGAAAUUGAAACAAACUAAAAUUACAGAGUGCAGUCUGUUAUCUGAUAACAAGCUUUGGCUUUUCAUCUCCAUAUGAAGUUAUUUGUCUGAACAUUGUGGGGAGUUUUUUAUAUGCACUGCUCCCAUUGUAGACAUAAUUACUUCAUGCCUGGUCUUUGGCAAGAGCAGCACAUGCUCUGUUAUACUGAGGUCAGCAGACUUAUGUCUUCUAAAAAUAUUCCACAAUGGCACUAAGAUGGUUUUAGAGUUGCAGUUCAAACAAUGCAGACCAUACCUCACAUUAUGGACGUGAAAACCUUUAUUUGUUGCUGAUCAGACUCCAUUGCAUUAGAACAUUAAAAAGUAUUUUGCUUCCUUUAUUAUUUAUUUUAUGAAAAUGCUUGAUUGGAGGAGAAAACUAAAUCUGAAUUGUAAAUGACCUUGUCAACAUUGCAGAGACGACAUAUUUUUAACGUUGUAUAAAGAGAAUCUAAAGUUAUUAUUAAAGCACAAUUGAAAAUGUGAAUGUGAAUAUAGCAAUACAUUAUGUAAGUGGAACAAGAAGAAGAACAUAGAGAAACUGUUUUAAUCCUUAAAGCUGUAAUGUUAAUAAUUAACUAAGUCUGUCUGACUAACUGCUGUCCAGCAACCUAAUGUAAUCACUGUGUUCCACCUUCAUAGUGGAUGUAAAUAUUGGAUGUGGAUUUCGGCCAUUGAACAUGCCUCUCCAGAGUUUUGUGCAUUAAUAUAGCUGUUUUUUGUUCAAGCUAAUAAAACUAUGAUAUGCAGGUGGGACACAGACAACUGGCAGCAGGCUUGACUAGGUAUUCGAUCAAUUAUGGAAGAGUACUGAAAUGCUGGAUUUUUGAGCCUUCUUCCUUCCUAUAGUCAAUUUGUUUUCUCUGAACAUAGAAAACUUGUGCUGCUGUUUUAUCGGUUGCUGAGCAGGAAAAGUUCUCCCCAAAUAACAUGUGACUUUGUAGCAUCAUGUACUUCCCUGCAAAAUUAUCUUUAAACAAGCCUUAAAAAAUGCACCCUGUUAGUUUUCUCAGAAAGAAAUCUCCAUUUUCCAUGUAAGUGCCUCCUUGGGUUUUGUACUUAUUGUGUUGAUCUCUCAACAUCAGUUGGACCUGCUUUCUUUGAAUGUACCUUUUAUCGUCUGUAUUUUGAACCUCCAAAUGCCUGCUCUUCCUUAUUUCCAGCUUCUGCCUUAUCAAUUUUCUUGUGUCAAGAUGUAGUAAAGAACAUUGUUCACAUCCCCUUCAUUCCCCUGAGCUCAAACGUUGUCUGAGGAAGUCUCAAAGGUUCCUUCUUUGUGUCGACUCGGUUUUACUGAUGUACCUUAAGGAACCUGUUGACAGUCUACCCAUGAGUGACUCCAGCCAACAUGAUUCACAGUGAGCCAUUGCACUGAUCCCUCAGAGCACGUAGGAUUACAUCCAAGACCUUGUUUGUAUUCUGCUGCUUUGAUCAAACAAAACGCUGCACCAACUGUGUGGCGUGUGUGGCAGAGCUCUUUAUUCCUCAUUGACCGUUAAGAGCGAAAGUGACCUUAAACUGAGUUUUUUUUUGUUGUUUGUUUUUGUUUAACUUUAUAGUUAAUGUACAAAAAGACCAAAACCAUUUGAUACCAGUAUCACCAUGCUGUAGGACUUCGUAUGUCUGCUUUAAAGGCAUAUUACAUUAAUGGUGACAUAGUUUCUGUAAGAUGUUGUGGAAAACCCUGAAAUUGUCCAUUUGAAUUGAUUGUAUGUGGGAUAAAGUUAAAUUUCUGUCUGUAUCUAUGCAGUAUUUGGUCGUCUUCACUAUUUUUAAUGUACAGACCGAGCAGCUUUUAAACCCCCGAUGAAGUCGUAGCAACAAGCUGUUCACCGGUCUGUGGUCAAUUUUCUCCACAGCAAUGUAGCUUAGCUUUACCCUCAGAAAAUAUUUGGUUUCAUUGCAGUAAAGAAAUUAAUUGAAAUGGAUCAAACAUAUUUAUAACCGUAACUUAGCAUAGAUUUAGCAGCCCUCUCUUUUGAAAUGUUUGUGAAUAUUUAUAAUGUCUUGCGAGACUGGAUGUAAAUAUUCUUGUCGAUCCAAUUUGACCCACUGUUACUGUAACCUGAAUGAUUGUUGUAAAAUAAAUACUGUUUACUUUGCAAAUAUGUACAUAGUAUAUAUUUGUUAACUAAAUAAAAUUUGAAACUGUAAAUAAAGCUUUCACUGUUUCUACAUGAA